UUUCCGCCGGACGCGCGAGCUCUGGGGACGAUGGAGGCGCCGCGGAGGCCUCGGCUUCGGCUGAGCCGCCGGAGGCUGCCCUCCGGGGGCGGGCCCCCGAGGCCCCGCCCCCGGUCCCCCCAGGACAGCGACGGCGCCGGCGAGCGCGCGCGGCUGUGGGCCGAGCUGCUGCGCACGGUGAGCGCGGACCUGGGUGUGGACGGCGAGCUGCCGCCGCUGCCCGCCUUUCCCGCCGAGGAGCCCAGGCUGGACCCCGCGCGCGCCGCGCCCCCCGAGGUGUUCACCGUGGGAUCCGAGACCUUCUCCUGGACGCCCUUCCCGCCGGCCCCGCGGGGGGCAGAGGGCCCCGGCUGCUCCUACCGGGUGCUCCGCGGGGCCGGCGGGCGCCCGGGGUCCCCCGCCCCGUCCCUGCCAGGAUGCCCCCCGCCGGAGCCCCGCGAGGCGCCCCCGGUCCCGGAGCGGCCGGCGGGGGGUGGGGCGCAGACUCUGCAGAGCUGCCCCAUGUGCCAGGCCGACUUCGCACCCGGGCUGGCCCAGCUGGACAUCGACAGCCACCUCGCCCAGUGCCUGGCGGACAGCACAGAGGACGUGGAGUGGUGAGUGCCCGCAUGUCGCCUGCCAGGACCACUGCCCUGCACAGCCCGAGAGAAAACCGAAGCUACACAUCAAAACAUGCCACUGUGGCCUGGCCGGCGUGGCUCAGUGGUUGAGCAUCGACCUGUGAACCAGGAGGUCACGGUUCGAUUCCCAGGUCAGGGCACAGGCCCAGGUUGUGGGCUCCAUCCCCAGUGUGGGGCGUGCAGGAGGCAGCUGAUCAGUGAUUCUCAUCAUUGAUGUGUCUACCUCUUCCUUCCUCUCUGAAAUCAAUUAAAAUAUAUUUUUAAAA